GGGCGUCCGACGCGCGCUAUCGACUCCUCGCCGGGCCCUCAGCACGCUCAGCAGCCCGACUUCGGACCGCUUCACGGCUCAGUUCUUGGCCACCCCGAGAUGAUAUACGGACGCCACUUAGUACAGAGGCCCAAAAAGAGACGUGAUAUAUACGGACGCGGAAGAAUCGAUGGUCAUCAAUUAAUCAGGGGUUUGUAGGGUUUUUUGUGCCCCCGGAAGGGUGCCUGGCUGAGUUGUGGUGAGUUUCUUGACGGGUAUUUGGACAUUGGUAGAGCCGGCGGUGGUGAAAGUGUCUUCCGAUGCUGAUGGGUUUUGGAUGAGCGGCGAUGGGAUGACGAUUUGACGAUAAAUUCCACCGAGCAAUACCAUCAGCCUUAUCACAGCGAUAAGGUUCAACAUCAAACACCAACCAAUGGCAAUCAGCAGUGUCUCAAAUAACGAUCUACACCUCCCUCAAAAUGUUGUUGCAGGGACCUCAAAGACCGAGAUCAUCCUCUGAUCUGCAGCCUCUGUCAGGACCCGGCAGGGGUAUGUUCCGUCUCAAGGACACGGCCACCAUGUUGGUUUUGACUGACAACAGAAACGAAACUGAAAUUGUUGUGUCACUCGAGAGUCUGACACAAGCAGCCAUCAUUUUUGUCAUGGCCGCUUCGAUUAUUAUCCUAAAUGUGCUGGUAGUGAUGACAAUUAUCAAUUAUAAAGGUCCCUCAGAAGUAAUAAACUGCUACCUCCUAAGCCUUGCUGUUGCUGAUCUGUUAUUCGGCGUUUUUGUGAUUCCCCUAUCCAUAUAUCCUGCAGUAGUCAGAGACUGGAUAUACGGGGACUACUUAUGCAGAAUAGUCGGCUACCUAGAAGUGACCUUAUGGUCCGUUGUAGUUUACACUUUCAUGUGGAUCAGCGUAGACAGAUAUCUGGCAGUUCGGAAACCCCUGCGCUACGAAACCCUGCAAACCAAAACUAGAUGCCAAUGCUGGAUGGCCUUCACAUGGAUUUCAGCAGCGAUGCUCUGCUGUCCCCCUCUCCUAGGCUUCACCAAGCCACUCUUCGAUAAAGACGCUUUUGUGUGCAUGCUGGACUGGGGCAGUAUGGCAGCCUACUCCGUCACUUUAUCCAUUCUCGUAUUAGGUCCUAGCUUGAUAACCAUAGUUUAUACGUACACGUACAUUUUCAAUAUGCUAAGGAAGAUCAGGAGCGGCUUUCCCUUCCACGACAAGGAGUACGCCACUGCCCUGUCGGAAAAUUUGUCGAAUCCUAGUCAUAUGAUGUCGUUUUCGCUAAUAGUAGCGUUCUGGUUGUCCUGGACUCCGUAUAUAAGUGUUAAAUUUUACGAGUACUUCACUGGACUGAGGAUUCAGGUUCAAUACCUUCAUUUCGGUGUUAUAUGGAUCGGUUUCAUGAACUGCUUCUGGAAGUCGAUGUUACUAAUUAUGCUUAGUCCACAAUUUCGUCUAGCUCUACGAAUCUUCUUCAUGACAAUCUGCUGCAAAUAUAAGGGUCGACUACAAGCCGAACUGAUUGGCAUGGAGGCUGAUGAUUGACUACCCAUUUCUAGUGCCAGUCUCUGGUCAGGGAUCAAUUUCCCAUUUACUGGAUUGGCAGUCAGGGAUUUCGAGUAUUUCAUCAGGAAGAUACGGGAUUAUUGGUAUCAGUAUUCAAUAGGUGGCCAAGUGCAUCGUCAUCGAUGAAUAUUUUGUGAUAAUCGUUACAAAAAAUGAAUUUUAAAUGUGAAUAAUGUAAUAUAUUUUAAAAUGCAAAGGUCAAUUAAUAAUAAAUGUUUAUAGGUUUCAAGAAAUAAAAAAAAA